CUAAGAGCGUCUUUAUGGUAGCAGCCCUGUGCCCCCAUCUCUCUGGGUUCAGUUCUCAGAAGUGGGAUUGCUAGUCCUAGGGUCUUGCAUCCUUUUCUAGAAAAUAUGCUUUGCCAUCGGCUUAAGCAGACUGAGAAAUUAGAGGUAAUCUGGCUAUGUCUGGCACCCCUCCCCUCCCUUUUAUCCCCACCUCCAUCCCUGCCUCCUUCAGGGGGUAAGCACAAGGUGCGAGGCGACAUCAACGUGCUCUUGUGUGGAGAUCCUGGCACAGCCAAGUCUCAGUUCCUCAAAUACAUUGAGAAAGUGUCUAGCCGAGCCAUCUUCACCACUGGCCAGGGGGCUUCAGCCGUGGGCCUCACGGCAUAUGUCCAGCGGCACCCCGUCAGCAGGGAAUGGACCUUAGAGGCAGGAGCCCUGGUUCUGGCUGACCGAGGAGUGUGUCUCAUCGAUGAAUUUGACAAGAUGAAUGACCAGGACAGAACCAGCAUCCACGAGGCCAUGGAGCAGCAGAGCAUCUCCAUCUCCAAGGCCGGCAUCGUCACCUCCCUGCAGGCUCGCUGCACCAUCAUUGCCGCAGCCAACCCCAUAGGAGGCCGCUAUGACCCCUCGCUCACCUUCUCAGAAAAUGUGGACCUCACGGAGCCUAUCAUUUCCCGCUUUGAUGUCCUGUGUGUGGUGAGGGACACAGUGGACCCAGUCCAGGAUGAGAUGCUGGCCCGUUUUGUGGUUGGCAGCCACAUCAGGCACCACCCCAGCAACAAGGAGGAGGGCCUGGGCAGCACGGGCACCCAGGAACCUGCCAUGCCCAACACGUACGGUGUGGAGCCCCUGCCGCAGGAAGUCCUGAAGAAGUACAUCAUCUAUGCUAAGGAGAGGGUCCACCCAAAGCUCAACCAGAUGGACCAGGACAAGGUGGCCAAGAUGUACAGUGACCUGAGGAAAGAGUCCAUGGUGAGGGCCCAGGGCACAGCUGGCUGUGCAGGAGCGUCCCUGGGCACGUGUGCAGCUGGGUCCGAUGAGCCUGGCCCAGAGGGCCUCACCUCCACCUCCUUGCUGGACCUCCUGCCACCCACGGGCCUGGAGCCACUGGACUCAGAGGAGCCCAGUGAAGCCAUGGGAUUGGGAGCUGGCCUGGGAGCCCCUGGCUCGGGUUUUCCCAGUGAAGAGAGUGAAGAGUCGCGCAUUCUGCAGCCACCACAGUACUUCUGGGAAGAGGAGGAGGAGCUGAAUGACUCCAGUCUGGACCUGGGACCCACUGCAGACUACGUCUUUCCAGACUUGACUGAGAAGGCGGGUCCAAUAGAAGACACCAGCCAGGGUCAAGAGGUGCCGAGUCUGCCCUCCCCCUUGCCCAAGAUAAACCUGGUGGAGCCACCGUGGCAUAUGGCUCCUGGCGAGGAGGAAGAGGAAGAGGAGGAAGAGGAGGAGGAGGAGAGGGAAAAGGAGGAGGUAGAGAAGGAAGAGGAAGAGGAAGAAGAGGAGUUGCUGCCUGUGAAUGGAUCCCAAGAAGAAGCACAAACUCAGGUCCACAGCUUUUCUCCCACCAGCAGCAGCCAGAUGCCUGGGGCUGCCAAACACAGGCAUGAAGAAUCUGGGGACCAGGCCUCCUCAGAUGUGGAGGUGGGGAGCAGCAUGGAGCCCAGCCUGUCACCACCUGCAGUCACCCCAAGUACAGUGACCCUGGGGGGUCAGGACUUCAUCAGCCAGGAGGCAGGGGGCGCAAUGCUGCAAGUCACAGGGCAUGGGGUAGAGUUUGAGGCCCCUCAGGAAGUAAGCGAGGAGGCCACUGUGGGAGCAGUGGGGCUGGCUGGCAAGCAAGGGGAGGUGCCGUCCUUGGCGUCAUUCCCUCAAACAGAAGCUCCCAGUGGGGCUGAGAGCCCAGAUGAAGACCCCCUUUACUUUGGAGUCUCAGCCUCUUUCCCCCUGGCCCCCCGAGAUGUGGAGCUGACACCUUCCUCUGCUACCUUGGGGCGAGAAGACCUGAGCCAGCAGCCCCAGGAAGGACAGGCUGCCGAAGCCCAGUCCAGAAUACCCUGGGAUUCUACUCAGGUGAUCUGCAAAGACUGGAGCAAUCUGGCCGGGAAGAACUACAUCAUUCUGAACAUGACGGAGAACGUAGACUGUGAGGUGUUCCGGCAGCACCGAGGGCUGCAGCUUCUGGCCCUGGUGGAGGAGGUGCUGCCCCGCCAUGGCAGUGGCCAUCAUGGGGACUGGCACAUCUCCCUGAGCAAGCCCAGCGAGAAGGAGCAGCACCUUCUAAUGACCUUGGUGGGCGAGCAGGGGGUGGUGCCCACUCAAGAUGUCCUUUCCAUGCUGGGUGACAUCCGAAGGAAUCUGGUGGAGAUUGGCAUCCAGAACUACUCCACUACAAGCAGCUGCCAGGCACGGGCCAGCCAGGUGCGCAGCGACUAUGGGACGCUCUUUGUGGUGCUGGUGGUCAUCGGGGCCAUCUGUGUCAUCAUCAUCGUGCUGGGCCUGCUCUAUAACUGCUGGCAGCGCCGGCUGCCCAAGCUCAAACACGUGUCACACGGCGAGGAGCUGCGCUUCGUAGAGAACGGCUGCCACGACAACCCCACGCUGGACGUGGCCAGCGACAGCCAGUCGGAGAUGCAGGAGAAGCAGCCCAGCCUGAAUGGCGGCGGGGCCGUCAACGGCCCGGGGGGCUGGAGCGCGCUCAUGGGGGGCAAGCGGGACCCCGAGGACUCGGACGUGUUCGAGGAGGACACGCACCUGUGAGGGCGCCCGCCCGCCGGCAGCUCUGGUCCGCUGUGACCCCGCGACCGUGCCCUCGCCCCGUUGGGGCUGCGCCGGGACGAGCGGGGCGGACCCGGAGCGGACAGCCGCGCCUCCCCUCCCCUCCCGGCCUCGGCCGCUCUCCCGCAGCCCCGCCCUCGGUGAGGGGUCUUCCCGCUUCCCACCGACUCACGGAACAGUCUCGGCACAGCCCUCCCCAUUUCCACCUGACGCCCCGAGGGGCUUGUCCCGGAACUGCCCCGCUUCCCCGGCCGCGCCCCGGGACCCCCAUUAAAGCCGCCCGGAGAC